AGAAAAAAAAACGCCAGUAGAAGAAGAGGCGGCGGAUGUAAACGGAUUGCUAGCCGUUAUUCUCUGAAUAUGUGAGUAUUUGCAGUAAAGAUGUCUUCAGUUCAGCCGCAGAGGAGAUUUAUCAACCAGCAUUUAACUCCUGCGGAAGAAACCGACCCAGAGUUUGAAGAAGUCAUCGUGAAAUCGGAGGACGAGCUCGAUGAUCAGUCCAGUCUGCUGGAUUUCUCCCAAGAAGACAUCCACCAGGAUGAUGUUUGGAAAGAGGAGGCGCUCGCCGAUCAGGAGAGGAGCUCCAGAUUUGAUGAAGAGGAUCCCGAACCUCUGCAGAUGAAAGAGGAGCAGGUUGAGUUUGGACAUCUGCAGAUAAAAGAGGAAGACAUGGAGCUCCUUGUCAGUCAAGAUGAGGAACUGCUUGAGCUGAAGGAGGAGUCUGACACCUUCAUGGUGACGCCUACUGACGAGGAAAGCUUUCACACCGAACCAGAACCAAACUGGUACCCGCUCGACUCUCAGGACUCCCCUGAAAGUGACAACCAGGAUCAGGAAGGAAGCAUUUCAGAAGACUGGGGGUCAAAGAGUGAUGAAGAGCAAAUGCUAAAUGAACGGGGUCAGGAAACGAGACAAUAUAAUCAGUAUUCUGAGAGCUCAAAUCAAGAAGGGCACAGUGCUCACAAAGAAAAGAAACAAUAUUCUUGUAAAAUGUGUGAUAAAAGCUUUUCCCAGAAUAAUAACCUGACGAUACACAUGAGAAGUCACACAGGGGAGAGGCCUUUCUCAUGCGAGACAUGUGGCAAAGGUUUUACUACAAAAUCGAAUUUAACCCUUCACUUGAGAACUCACACAGGUGAGAAGCCUUUUCCGUGCGUGACCUGUGGAAAAAGCUUCAGUCUAAAAUGUAUUUUAACUGAGCACAUUAGAACUCACACUGGUGAGAAACCCUUCCCAUGUCUAGUCUGUGAGAAAAGUUUCCCCUCCAAAAACCAUUUGAAUAAGCAUUUGAGAAGUCACACUGGUGAGAGGCCAUUCUCAUGUAUCACCUGUGGGAAAAGGUUCAGUCUGAAGUGUAAUUUAACUGAACAUAUGAGGACUCACACUGGUGAGAAGCCUUUUCAGUGUUUGGCUUGUGACAAAAGUUUUAACUCUAAAAACCAUUUGAAUAAACACCUGAGAGUCCACACAGGUGAGAGGCCUUUCUCCUGCAUGAUCUGUGGAAAAAGGUUCGCUCAGAAAAGUUGUUUAACGGAUCACAUGAGAACUCACACGGGGGAGAAACCUUUUCUUUGUGAUAUGUGUCAGAAAGCCUUCAGCCUGAGGAGCAGCUUGAAUAACCACAUGAGAACCCAUACAGGUGACAAGCCUUUCUCAUGCGACACCUGUGAAAGAACGUUCACGUUAAAGAGUCGUCUGAAUAGACACAUGAGAUCUCACACUGGGGAGAAACCGUUUACAUGUAAUGCAUGUACUAAAACCUACAGCCUUAAAAGUAGUUUGACCAAACAUAUGAAGACUCACGUUGGCUAGGAGCAUUUCUUCUGUAUACAGUGUAGAGAUAAAGAUGUUAGUAACCACUAACAUAUUUUAAUGUAAUAUGGAAGAUAGUGACUGUUCACUAGGGUUGGACUUAAAGCUUUAUUAUGAAAUUUUGUGGUGCCAUUGUGAUAACAAUAAAAGUGAUAAUAAGAACUAUUUAUUACAUCUUUUUUAGGUAACUUUAGGAAUAUGACUGCUCUUGAAAAACAUUCCCAUUUGUAAUGAGCUUCUUUAGGAAAAAUACCAGUUUUGUAAAGAAGUGUAAUUUAUAUCACUUCUUGAAUGUUCAAAUUUAAUGGUAUUUAUUGAUGCUUUUAUGGAACAACCAGUGGAGAAAAUAGUAAAACUAUCAAUCCUGAUAAUAAUGACUGUUUUAGGGUUUUUUUAAUGUCACUUAUUGGAGUUUAUAGUGGCAACAAUAAAUCAAAAUUUGUAUGAAAAUGUAUUAUGAUAAAUGACAACACCAUUAAUACCGUCUGUAGUGUUCACUUUAAAUUUAGCAAAUAUGAAUGUGAAACGUCCUUGUAUACUACUUCCUUGUAUAUAUUGGGGACAUUAAGCUAAUUGUUAAACAAGCUAAGUCAAACAGGCCAAUGGAAAAAGACAAAACCUGGAUCAAAAUAGUUGUCAUUUGUUCUAAAGGCAAAAUUAUUGCCAAAUCAUCAGUUUGUUCAGAAUUAUUAAACACAUUAAGCUCAGGUAUUUACAUAUAAAUGUUACUACAAUUUAUUAAAGUCAUUGCAACAAUUUUUCUAUUCUCAUUCUCAUAAAAUCAAUUGUUGGUUGUUUACUAAAGUCUGGCUUUUUCACUUUUACAAUUCAAAUUCAAAAGAUACUUUAUUGAUCCCAAAGAAUUUUGAUGUCGCUCCAAUCCAUUAAUUCAAGGUUCUUCAAAGAGUUAUUGUACAUUUUUGUACGUCCAUUUGGGUCUCUACUGCUUCUAGAAAGGCUCCAGGUGUUCAAAAAAAGAACAAGUUAAUAUUUUUUGGUGUCUAGACAGCAAACUGUUUCAAAAACCUUUCGUAAUAUAAUGUUACAUAUCAACAGGCAUUGCCCUGUUACCUAGCAACCUCAGUUGCAGAGCAACUGCUCCAGCAAAGCUUGAGCACGUUUGGUCAGCUGGUUUUACUGCUGUAUGUGCUGUACAAUGGCUGCUGGAAUAAGCAAGAGGCCCUAAAACGGCUCAUUCUGAAAAGAGCUCAAAAUAGUCUAAAUCUGUGUCUGCGAAUUAUUUUGGGUAAAAAAUGUUAUGAAGGUGUUUUGUGUAGCCCGCAGUCCUAUCCUGACUCGUUCAAGGAAACAUAACAAGUCCCCUUUAAGAUGGCAUUCCUGCUCCACCUCUUACAAAUUAUAGAUUUCCAUCCCCAAAAUCAGUUGUAGUGAAAAGCCACAAAGUUUGUGUUUUUCUUUGUAUUCAUUGCAAUAAUUGACUGACGACGAGUUGUCCAUUCAGCUACUGUAGAAAAAAAAUUAAUUCAUUAUAUCCAUCUUGAUAACAUGCCGUUAUUUUCAAAAUAUUUGCAUGUAUGAUUGAUUUCUGGGU